AAGAAGAAGAAGAGCCGUUUCCUUUACUUCCCGGAAACACACAGCUUUUAUUCACCAAGAUGGCGACAUUAGUAAUGAGCCAGGCGCCGGUCGGGGGUUUCAGUUUCGAAAACUGCAAGAGAAAUGCUGUUUUGGAAGGAGAGGCUAACAAAGUGGGAUGCAGCAUGCCUGCUGCUCGGAAAACAGGAACCACCAUCUGCGGUGUGGUAUUCAAGGAUGGCGUGGUCCUCGGAGCCGACACCAGAGCCACCGAGGGCAUGAUAGUGGCAGACAAGAACUGCUCCAAGAUCCACUACAUCUCCCCCAACAUCUACUGUUGUGGAGCAGGAACAGCUGCAGACACAGAGAUGACCACUCAGAUCAUCUCGUCCAACCUGGAGCUGCACGCGCUCUCCACAGGCAGGCUGCCACGCGUGGCCACCGCCAACCGCAUGCUCAAACAGAUGCUCUUCAGGUACCAAGGCUACAUCGGGGCUGCUCUGGUCCUGGGGGGAGUGGACUGUAACGGUCCUCACCUGUACAGCAUCUACCCUCACGGCUCCACUGACAAGCUGCCUUACGUCACCAUGGGUUCUGGCUCCCUGGCUGCCAUGGCGGUGUUCGAGGACCGCUACAAGCCUGACAUGGAGGAGGACGAGGCCAAGCAGCUGGUGCGAGACGCCAUCGCUGCGGGAAUCUUCAACGACCUGGGCUCUGGCAGCAACAUCGACCUGAGUGUCAUCACCAAAGGCAAGGUGGACUACAUCCGGCCCCACGAUGAGGCCAACAAGAAGGGUGUCAGAACUGGGGACUACAAGUACAAAAGAGGAACCACCGGUGUGUUGACGAAGCUGGUGACCCCGCUGAACCUGGAGCUGGUGGAGGAGACUGUCCACACUAUGGAUACCUCCUAAAUACAUUGGAAUGUGUUUGUUGUUGUAACUCAUUAUACCCCUCAGAAUUCCUAAAGUGGCAUGUUUUUCCAUGAUUUACAAUAAAAGUGCUUGAGUUGA